AUGCCUUCGGGCACGGCGCCGCCCAACAGCAGCUUUGGGCAGUACCUUUGGGCAGAGCUGAACCCCAACGCGGCUGCGCCGCCCUCCGCCAUGCGCCAGGGCCUACUGGAGAGGCAGCGAGUGUACAAUGCUAUCCUGCUUGUGCCCUUCCAGCUGGAGCGUCUGCUGUGGUAUGGCCUGCUUGUGUGCCUGGACUCCUUCCUGGCGGUAUUUACGGUCCUCCCGGUGCGGCUGCUGGGGGCGCUGACCACCGCAGUGGGGCGCCUCCGCCGCGGAGGGGGGUCCUUGCACGGCGACCAGCUCUUCGACAUGCUCUGCGUGUUCAUUUUCGGCGCCACGAUCGCGUUUUUGAGAUUCCUGCCUGCCGGGACCAUCUACUUCUGGCUCAAGGACCUCACGCAGGAGUUCCUCAAGCUGCAUGUCGUGCAUGGAGCUGUGGAGAUCUUUGACAAGAUCUCCUGUGCCUUUGUGGUGGAUGCGCUGGAUGCUCUGUCUGGCACCUGUGGCCUCUACCUCAGCACCAGUGGCCGAAGGUGGCACCUGGCGCAGCUGGGCGCUGACCUGGCAGUGACCCUGGCGCUGGUGCUGUUCCAUUCGGUGGUGCUCAUCUGCCAGUUCAUGACAUUUUCGGUCGCCAUGAACUCCAAACGCUCCAACGCCCUCAUCGCCCUUCUCAUCGCAUCCAACUUCGUGGAGAUCAAGGGCACGGUGUUCAAGCGGUUUGACCCAACCAAGCUGUUUGUGCUGGUCGGCCAGGACGUGACUGAGCGCUUCCACCUCCUGCUCUCGCUGCUCUUUGUAGUUGUGGAGGAGAUGGACAACUCGGGCAGCCCGCGGCCGAGCCCGGAGCUGCUCCGGUGCUGCGGCUACAUCUUCGGCGCGGAGAUCCUGAUCGACAUCACCAAGCACGCAGUGCUGUCCAAACUCAAUGACAUCCGCCCGGCAGUCUACCAGCGCUUCAUGCGGGAUGUGUGCGAGAAGGCCAAGGGCGGCCAGAGCCACACGGCGCACCGAGUUGUGGCCUUUGAGCCCUACGCACCCGCCGCCCUGUUUCUGCGAAUCGCUGUCACUGCGCUCAUAGUGAGCAGGAGCGAGCAGCCGCUGAUGCAGGCUGGCUGGCGGGGACCGUGGCAGGUAGUUUCGCUGGGUGCAUACUGCAUUGCUGCAUGGGUGGCAGUCUUUGUGGCCAAGGCUGCGCUGGGAUUCUCCCUGCGUGGAAUCGCCUUGCACUUCCUGAGACGCCAUCCCAAGGCCUGA